AUGGACAAACAACAAAGAACCGGCGAAUCGGAAAAAGACGACGACAGCGCCGGAAUACUUUGCCGGUUCGCCCAUCUCGUUUUUCCAUACUUAGAGCCUGCCGGUCUAGCCUCCGUUUCAGCAACCUGCAAGGUGUUACAUGUAGUUUCCAAGACUAUUACUUCCAGUCGAAUCUCCGAUGCUUCUAGAAACUUGGAGAAUUACCCUAUUCCUUUCUUCAACUCCGUCGACUCCGAACUUUACGCCAAUUUCAUCUAUUCCCCUGUUCAGACCUUACCCACCUCUCCAUCCAUCCCCUGGGGAGGUGGAUCGGGUCGGGUUAGGUCGGACCCGUUUAUAGUCCGGGUGGAGGGUGCUUAUGGGUGCGAUUGUGAGAGUUGCGACUUGGACUCCAGUUCUAAUUGCGCAUGUAUGGAUUUUUCUGAUUUGCCGACCCGAGAAUGCGGGCCAAGUUGCGGUUGCGGGUUGGAGUGCGGUAAUAGGUUAACUCAGAAAGGAAUUUCAGUGAAGCUGAAGGUUGUGAAGGAUAGGAGAAAAGGCUGGAGCUUGUGUGCUGCUGAAUUCAUUCCAAAAGGGAAAUUCAUAUGCGAGUAUACAGGAGAACUUUUGACCACUGAGGAAGCAAGAAAUCGCCAGAGGCUAUAUGACAAACUUUCAAAGAGUGGCCACUUUUCGCCUGCACUCCUGGUUGUGAAGGAGCACCUUCCAUCUGGAAAUGCGUGUAUGAGGAUUAACAUUGAUGCUACCAGAAUUGGCAAUAUUGCCCGCUUCAUUAACCAUUCUUGUGAUGGUGGUAACCUUUCUACAUUGAUAGUGCGAAGUUCUGGAGCUCUGCUACCCAGAGUCUGCUUUUUGUCUUCCAGGGUCAUUUUGGAAAAUGAAGAGCUCGCUUUCAGUUAUGGGGACACUACAGUAAACUCUACAGGCUCUCAAUGCUUUUGCAGUAGUGCUUGUUGUUCUGGGAUCCUUCCAGCAGAGCACACAUGAUGUAGUAAGCGGAGAAAUCACCAGUCCUAUACCUAAACCUCACACUUAUGCUAUUUGAGGCUAUGUCUGGUCUUCACAUCAAUAUGUCAAAAAGUAUCAUCUACCAUAUGAAUGACGUAUCAGAACUGAAUAUGCUAGUUGAGAUCUGUAAUGGUGUGAUACAAAAGUUUGAAAAGAGGCUAGCCUCUUGGCAAAGACAAUAUAUAUCCUUAAGAGGCAGGUUUAUCCUUAUCAAUGGUGUCCUGAACAGCAUACCAACCUAUUUCAUGUCAUUCUUCCCUAUAGCAGCCAAAAUCCAAAAUCAGUUAGACAGACUCGGGAGUACCUUCUUAUGGGAGGGUAACAGUCUUGCCACAAAUUCCAUCUAGUGAAAUGACCUAAAGUCACACUUUCAAAACCAUUGGGUGGACUGGGAGUGAAGGAUCUGGCAGCCCACAAUAGAAGCAUGUUAAUGAAAUGGCACUGGAGAUAUAAUUUGGAAGAUCCCAGGCUAUGGAAAGAUGUCAUCACAGCAAAAUAUGGAAGUCACUCUAACUGGACAUCCAAUUCAGUCACAAUACCUCAUGGCAAAGGAAGAGUAUUCGAGCCAUAUAUGGCAGGAUUUUUCAUCCAAUACAUCUUUUGAAGUGGGAAAUGGGGCAACCAUCAAGUUUCGGAAGAUAAAUGGGUAGGGAACUCACCUCUAAAGCAAACCUUCCCAUAUAGUUUCCUUAUUGCAGCCAAUCAAAACUCCAGUAUUGCGUAGAAUAGAGAGAACAACACCCAGAGUCCUCUUUUGAGUAGACAUCUUCAAGAUUGGGAAGUUGAAGACUUAAUGACCCUCCUGAACUCUUUGCAGAACUUUACAGUGAACAAUCACAAUGCAGACGGACAAAGUGGGGUAGCUCAAGAGAAGGGUCAUAAUUAGUCAAGUCGGCCUAUGCCCCUAUGUGCUCCAGUAAGAUGAUUGAUUUAUGGCCUUGGAAGCUGAUUUGGAGAAGUUGACUCCCUACAAAAGUGAUGUGCUUCAGCUGGACAAUCUUAAAAGGAGCAUGCUUGACUCAAGACAACCUCAGCAGUAGAAAAAUCCAGGUAGUCAAUAGAUACCACAUGUGUCAAUCCAGUUUAGAAUCUACCCCUCACCUCUUCAUUCACUGUCCAGUUGCAGCAGAUAUUUGGUACACGUCUUUAACAUUAUCUAGACAGCAAUGUGCUAUGCCUUGCAAAAGUCAAAGACUUUUAUGAUGGUGUCUCAAGAAAGUUGAGAAAGCCGUCAAGAAAAUCUGGAAUAUGGUACCUGCAUGUAUUUUUUGGUGUUUUGACUUGAAAGAAACCACAGUUGUUUUGAUGGUGUUUUAACUCC